AUGCGGGUCCGCAGUGGCCGCUCGGCUGCGGGAGGGGAGCGGGGGCCGGGGCGGGGGCCGGGUCCAGGCCGGGGCCGGGGCCGGGAGAGGGGCGGUGAGCUGAGGGCGGGGGGUGUGGGUGUGGGUGUGGGUCCCGGGGCCGAGCUGUGGGUGUCGGGGCUGGUGCUGGUGUAUGUGCUGGGGGUCCGGGGCCUGGUGCAGGUCUCACUGCAGCAGCUGCUGCUGAGCAACAGCGACAACGACAACAGCAGCCACUUCAGCGCGGGCCGCGCCAGAGAACACCUUCAACACAUCACAGAAUUGGGUCCCAGACCCUCUGGGAGUCCUGCUAAUGAAAUCCUGACCGUCAACUAUCUUUUGGAACAAGUACAGAAGAUGAAAGAAGGAGGUGGGGCAGCGCACCAAAUCACAGUGGACGUGCAGAGACCGACAGGCUCCUUCAGCAUUGACUUUCUGGGGGGAUUCGGCAGUUAUUACGAUAACAUCAGUAAUGUGGUAGUAAAACUGGAACCAAAGCACGGGGCAAAGCACGCAGUGCUCGCAAACUGUCAUUUCGACUCAGUAGCCAACAGUCCAGGUGCCAGUGAUGAUGCAGUGAGCUGUGCAGUGAUGCUGGAGGUUCUGAAUUCCCUGUCCCAUCUGUCCACCCCCCUCCACCACGCCGUCAUAUUUCUCUUCAAUGGAGCAGAGGAGAAUGUUUUACAAGCCAGCCAUGGAUUUAUUACACAGCAUCCUUGGGCUAAGUUGAUAAGGGCAUUUAUUAACCUAGAGGCUGCUGGCGUGGGAGGGAAGGAGCUUGUUUUCCAAACAGGGCCUGAAAAUCCUUGGUUGGUUCAGGCAUAUGUCCGUGCAGCCAAACACCCGUUUGCAUCAGUUGUUGGUCAAGAGAUAUUUCAGAGUGGGGUUAUUCCCGCUGACACCGAUUUCCGAAUCUAUCGGGAUUUUGGCAAUAUUCCAGGGAUCGAUCUGGCUUUCAUUGAAAAUGGCUACAUUUAUCACACAAAGUACGACACAGCAGAUCGAAUUUCUUUAGAUUCCAUUCAGAGGGCAGGUGACAAUAUCCUGGCUGUGCUGCAAUAUCUAGCCACGUCUGUGGAGCUGGCUGACUCGAAGGCAUAUCGUCACGGAACCAUGGUGUUCUUUGACGUGCUGGGAUUGUUUGUGGUGGCCUACCCCGCCAGGAUUGGUGCAAUCAUCAACUAUUUGGUGGCCGCAGCAGCUAUAGUGUACCUGGCCAAAAAAUUCUCCGUGUCCAAAGGCCUUGGUUGCAACUAUUUGAAGGAUCUGCUUUACGCCAUUGGAAUCACAGUCAUAUGUUGGUUUACCAUCUUUUUCACCAUCCUCAUUGUUGCAGUGUUUGUCUCUCUCAUUGGGCAGUCGAUGUCUUGGUACACCCAUUUCUAUGUGUCCAUUGUCUUUUAUGGAUCAAUAGCCCUUAUCAAGUUGAUACUGAUUCAUACACUAGCAAAAAAUCUCUUCUAUGGAAGAGUGAACCUGCUGUUGCUGGCAGAGCUGUAUUAUGAUGCGACGCUGACCAUCUGGUGUUGCGUCUUGCUUUACUUCACCCAUCGAGACUUAUGUUCAGCCUAUGUGGCUGGACUCUGGGUUGCCUUUCCUCUGCUUACAAGGCUACUAAUUGGAAACAAGCUGAAGCAAAAUGGUUCUAUGGUGAAACCUACAGCCAUUUAUUUUCUGGGACUAUUUGUUCCUUAUCUACUUACUAUGUACCUGAUGUGGAGUGCGUUUGAAAUGUUCACCCCCAUCCUGGGUCGAAGUGGUACUGAGAUACCACCUGAUAUUGUGCUGGCCUCUAUUAUUGCUGGGUGCACCAUUAUUCUCACUGCUUAUUUUGUCGGACUGAUUUACCUGUGCAGGAGUACGAAACGCACACUGUUGACUUUGGGUUCUGUGUUUAUUGCUGCAGCCGUUCUUGUGUGCAGUGGAGCAUGUUUUCCCUAUUCCUCUAACCCCGAUAGUCCCCACCCAAAGCGUGUCUAUCUUCAGCACACAACAAGGACAUUCCGAGACCUUGGUGGGGAAAUUAUCAAGAGAGAUUCUGGAAUAUGGAUUAAUGCAUUUGAUUACACUCUCAUGUCCCAUGUUACCCCACAUAUACCGGAAAUAAAUAGUACAAUAAGAACCUCAUGUGAGAAUGCCCCUUUUUGUGGAUUUCCUUGGUAUCUGCCUGUUCAAAACCUCAUCAGGAAAAACUGGUACUUACCUGCUUCUGAAGUUUCACCCAAGACCCCUGUUGUUUUCAAACUGGUUUCCAAGCAAGUGAUGCCUUGGGACUCCACAAAAUUAAUCUUUGAGGUCACAGGCCCGUGUCAUAUGACACUAUACAUUCGGCCACAUGAAGGAACCUCGAUGGUCGGCUGGUCUUUUGGAGACGGGGAUCCUAUGUACAGCAACGAAGGAGAAUAUUUUGUGUUCUAUUCCCACGGACUUCAGGCGGCAGCGUGGCAGUUUUGGUUAGAGUUGCAGACUCCUGAGCCAACACCUAAUGGCACGGUCAGUGUUGCUAUAGCUUCUCAUCACCUCUUUGGAGAAGAUCAGUGGACAGCAGAACUGACAGCUCUGGAGAGGAGAUUUCCAGAAUGGACCUUCCCAUCCAGCUGGGUCAGCACCUAUGAUCUCUUUGUCUUCUAAUUUGAUCAUAGACGAGUGGAUCCAUUUAUUGAAUGAAGUACUGGAUGUGGGAUAGGUCAGAGAUUAUGUACUCGCAUACUGUGCAUUAUUCAUGGUGUCCAUAAAGUCCUGUCACCCCAUGUUUUUGUUUCUACAGUGCACUGACCAACAACUGAAACACGUAGAAGAAUGAUGAUCA